CAAAAUCUCAGUAGCAAAAAUUUCAUGCAUUUUGCGAUCUUCAAAUUCGAAUUUGCCAAUCGAAUCAAGUGAAGUACUCAAUUCCUCGGAUCCUGAUUCGGCGUGAUGGCGAUGACGUUCGAUGAAUUCGGCCGUCCGUUCAUCAUACUAAGGGAGCAGGAGCAGAAAACCAGAUUGCGCGGCCUCGAUGCGCAGAAGGCCAAUAUCGCCGCCGGAAAAGCCGUGGCGCGAAUCCUCCGCACUUCUCUCGGACCUAAAGGCAUGGACAAGAUGCUCCAGAGCCCCGACGGCGAGGUCACCAUCACAAAUGACGGUGCCACGAUCCUGGAGCAGAUGGAUGUGGACAACCAGAUUGCCAAGCUCAUGGUUGAGCUGUCUCGGAGUCAGGACUACGAAAUUGGCGAUGGAACAACGGGGGUUGUUGUCAUGGCUGGUGCUCUUCUAGAACAUGCGCAGAAGUUGCUGGAACGCGGAAUUCAUCCCAUUCGCAUUGCAGAAGGCUAUGAGAUGGCUUCGAGGGUAGCUGUUGAUCAUUUGGAACGUAUAUCGCAUAAGUUUGAGUUUAGUGCGACAAAUGUUGAAUCUCUCAUUCAGACCUGUAUGACUACUUUAUCUUCCAAGAUUGUGAAUAGGUGUAAGCGCAGUCUUGCAGAGAUUGCUGUUAAAGCAGUUCUUGCCGUUGCAGAUUUAGAGAGGAAGGAUGUUAAUCUUGACUUGAUUAAAGUAGAGGGUAAAGUAGGUGGAAAGUUGGAGGAUACUGAGCUGAUAUAUGGAAUUGUUGUUGAUAAAGAUAUGAGUCAUCCACAGAUGCCAAAGCACAUCGAGGAUGCAAAAAUUGCCAUUUUGACUUGCCCCUUCGAGCCUCCAAAGCCAAAGACUAAGCAUAAGGUUGAUAUUGAUACUGUGGAGAACUUCCAAACAUUGCGCGAACAAGAGCAGAAAUACUUUGAUGAUAUGGUUCAGAAGUGCAAGGAUGUUGGGGCUACGUUAGUUAUCUGCCAAUGGGGUUUUGAUGAUGAAGCAAACCACUUACUGAUGCACAGAGACUUGCCUGCUGUCAGAUGGGUUGGUGGAGUUGAGUUAGAGCUGAUUGCCAUUGCUACAGGUGGGAGAAUUGUGCCAAGAUUUCAAGAGUUGACACCAGAGAAGCUGGGCAAGGCUGGUUUGGUUCGAGAAAAAGCAUUUGGAACCACUAAGGAUCAGAUGAUAUAUAUUGAGCACUGUGCAAACUCAAGGGCUGUAACAAUAUUUAUACGUGGUGGUAACAAAAUGAUGAUAGAGGAAACUAAGCGCAGCCUCCAUGAUGCUUUAUGCGUUGCAAGGAACCUUAUCCGAAACAAUUCCAUAGUAUAUGGAGGUGGUUCUGCUGAAAUUUCUUGUUCAAUUGCUGUUGAUGCAGCUGCUGAUAAAUACCCAGGAGUUGAACAGUAUGCAAUCAGGGCAUUUGCUGAUGCAUUAGAUGCUGUCCCAAUGGCAUUGGCUGAAAACAGUGGUCUCCAGCCAAUCGAAACUUUAUCUGCUGUCAAGUCUCAGCAAAUUAAGGAUAACAACUCCUGCUGCGGGAUUGAUUGCAACGAUGUUGGCACAAAUGACAUGCGUGAACAAAAUGUCUUUGAGACUUUGAUCGGGAAGCAACAGCAGAUCCUGCUAUCAACUCAAGUUGUUAAGAUGGUUAUGAAAAUUGAUGAUGUUAUCUCACCAUCCGAAUUUUGAUUUUUUUCGUUGAGUUAGACAGCUGAUUGGAGAGCUGCCUUUUCUAGAAUAGAGCCGACUUGUGCAACUCUGCUCAUGGCUCUUGAAACCUUACACAUGAUUCCAUUAUGGUCACUGUUGAGUGUAGGUGCAAACUCACAUGCUUUUGUUGUCGGUGCUGGAUGUGUCGUAUUCCGGUAUUAAUAACUACCAUUGUGGUGUGCCCUCUAGGUUAAAAUUCUGCAGUGGCAUAGAUGGGCCUCGGAUUCAUAAAUCCGCCACGCGACAAGGUAUGAAUAGUCAUGGGAUCGAAUGAAAUUAGUUGAGACGUAAGUUAGGAUUGAAAGAAUGAGAUUCAGUUGCAUCAUGUCUCUGUAUUAGAACUUGAGUUGCUAAUACUGCAUUGAUGUUUUAAUGGCGAAAGACUCUUUCGCAUUAGUUUGUGUUUUGUCGACAUUUGUUAAAACCUCGUGAAAUUGAUUAAAACAUCAACACAAAUUUUGA